UAAUUAAUCUCCUCUGUUUCUUAAUUAAUCGCUUCCUCUCCGUCUGCUUCUUAAAUAAUCACUGCUUUUCUCUUUCCUCUCCGUCUGUUUCCUCUCCCUCUCCCUCGAGAGAGCUGUCUCUCUCUCUCUCUCUUCUCCCACACUUUCCAACCUUUUCCUUUCUUUUAUGUCCGUGUUUGCAGUCGUUAAUGGCUGCCCCACACAUAAGUUUUUGGUUCCAGUUUCUUAAUAAGUGGGUGGGUGAUUUUUCCUUCUGCCUUUCUCCCUUUUUGGUCGGUGUGGAAUUUGAUACUCUUCCACUCCAGCGAGCCUCCCUUCUGUUUUUAUUCAAUUCGAUUCACUCUCAAACUUUUCUUUUUUGAAUAUCUGUAAAUACCUGUCAAAGACAGGAAUUUUGUUUCUGGGCUUUUGUGAUUGUAAAAAAAAUAAAAAGGCUUUCUGGUGGGGUUUUCUUGAUUUUGUUCCCUUUGUAAUCGAGUAAUCGGAUCUCAUUUGGUGUUUCCGUCUGGGGCUAGUCCAGAAUUAGUGUGAAAUAAUAUUUUUUUUGAGAGACUUUGCUUUUGGUGUUGAGAACUGAGGCUGUUUGAUAAAUUGCCUCAACGAAUUGAUUUUUCCCAAUUUCGUUUAUAACGGCAAAAUCUUUGCUUGAUUGAGUGAGCAGUCGUGUGAUAUUGUCUUCAUCUAACCUCGAAGGCAAGGUCAGAUGACUUUGAUCAAAUCUUUGAAGAUGCUGUAAGAUUCCUGAAUAAAAGGAUUUGCAUUUUCUAUUUCUGGAUCAGCAGCAUUUCAGGCAAUAAUUGUUUCUUGAAUGGGAAGACCACAUUGCCAUUAUCAUAACCAACUUCCGCUUUUUCCAAUCUUGCUGGUAGAGAGAGAAGAAAACAAAGGUGAGAGAGAAAGUUGAUUCCUUACCAACCAGAGAGGGCAACAUUCAUUUGGGGUUUUAGUCUUAACUCGGACAACAGCUGUUGGAUAGAUUCUUCCGAAACAACAUCGGGCUGCAUGUUUAUAUCAUGUUAUAGCUUGCAAUUAGAGGAGUGUGUGAACCAGAGGUAAAUCAUUAUGGCAAAGAAAUCACAGAAGCGCCUUUUGAGACAAGAAAGAGGCCAGGCAGGUUGUAUAUCCGGUUUUAUUAACAUAUUUCACUUCCGCCAUGGGCGAUCCACCAAACGUUUGCUUUCAGAUAGAAGUCUUGCAAACAAGCAAGUAGUCGGUGGUGAAUAUUCAGGCAACCAAACUGUUUUACUUGAUCCGACUGAAAAAUGCGAAAGCAUCGAGGUUGCCGAAGAAAGUAAUGUGCGUAUGCUUGAUGCUGCUAAAACGAGCAUGAAGGAACUCAUGGAAGAAGAGAUGUGUAAUGAGUCCGGAAACCCUAAAGAUUCUGCUACUGGUUUUGAACAUAGUAACUCAUAUGAUGGAAAUCAUCUCAAAAAACGUCAAAAGAAAAGAAGCAGAAGCCCCAUCAAGUCUAGUGAUCUGGAUGUCACUGAGCUGGGCACAUCUGAAGAGUUGAGGCCCGAGAAUGGUAACCAGGUUCAAGAGCAAAGAUCUUUAGAUAAUCUUGAUCUGGAAAUGAUAAUGGAGGAGUUGGCGCAGAUCAACCAGAAAAACGUGAAUGGCUCAGAGAAUGAUCUUCAUGGUGAUCUUGAUGAACCCUCUGGUCAGACUGUUAAUGUGGUUGAAGAAAAGUUGGUUGCAGCUGUAAUACUGCUUGCACAGCAGCGGCUGAACAGCAGUAAACAUUUUGGGGAUGACGGGAAUAAUUGUUGCUCAAAAGAGUUCAUGGAUGCUUUGCAAACAUUGAGUUUAAAUAAGGGCAUGCUGUUGAAGCUACUAAAGGAUCCAGACUCGAAACUGGUUAAACACGUGCAGAGUUUAGAGGAUGCUCGGUUAGGCAGAGAUACAAUAACCAAUUCACUGCCAGCAUCCACUUUGUCCGAGGAUAAGCUGGGAAAAUUAAAAUGUGAUGAAUCCAGUAGCCACAAACAGAGAAACUUCUUCCGGAGACGGACCAAGUCGCAGGAGAGCGACCUUGUGGCAGGGGAUAGAGAUUUUCAGAAUCAUAAGAAAACCGUCAUACUGAAAACCGGGCAAGCAGGGGCACAGAGCCCUCAAAUCGAUACCAGAGUUAGCAGCCUUCGUGUGCAGUCUCCCGGACUGGACGAUAAGUUGCAGAAUGAUAAAAAUACAUCUCAGUUCUCUUUCACGGAAAUAAAAAGGAAGCUCAGGCAUGCAAUUGGGAAGGAACGACAUGGCGUCUCUCCCGAUAGACUUAAUCUAAAAUUUAGUCAAAAGCACCAAAAUAACAAUACUGGUGACAAAGGCGGUAAUGGAGAAAAUCUUUGCUGGAGCUCUCCAAAUAGGAACCAUUUCUAUACUGAAAGAUUUUUAACAACUUCUCCUAGUUUGAAGAAGGGAGAACAGGUUGGACAGUUGAAGGAUGGGGGUUCAAUGGCCGUGAGUGAAACCAGCCAAUAUUCAAGACUAAGGGGAUCUAGCAUCUAUGUUGAGGCUAAAAAACAUCUCUCUGAGAUGCUGAAUAAUGGAAGUGAAACCCCGGAGUUAGUAACUCGGCAGUUGCCAAAGUCCCUUGGUCGAAUCCUCUCUCUUCCUGAGUAUAAAAAUGGUACGCCUUGCUGCAGCCCUAGAAAAUACGGUGAUGAUAUCUUUAUGACGACCCAGAUCAAAUUGUCUCCACGUGGCAUAGUUAGGAGUGACUUGAGUGGUCUAUUGCAAGAAAAUCUCAGCAAUCAACCGAUUCCGAGAAAGCAACAUCUGGAGAGUCAACCUGGCAUCUCUAGUAGCAAUUGCGAAGCCAAAAUACAGUCUCUGGCUACUAAUGAUAAAAUCACACUCAUAGAUGAGCAAGAACAUUUCAUUGAAAUUCAACCUGUCACCGAAGAUAUUUUAGAUCCUGAAGCUCGAAGCUCGCCUGGAAUAGUUGCAGAUACUGUAGAAAUGGCUGAAUCGAAACCUCGGGAAGAGGAAAAAACAGUUACCAAUUUCUCUGAAUCAUCUAAUAAUUUGAUCGGUGGAGAUAUCGACACCGAAGACGAUAGAGAAGUAGACAAUACACAAGUUCCUUCUCAGUUAUCAGUAGACUCUUCUCCUAGCUAUAAAUUGUCGUUUUCUGGUGAAGAUCAAUUACUGCAAUCUUCAGAGUCCCCUCCACACUGUUCAGUAAGCACUGAAAUUGAAGAUUCUGACUUCGCAAUGGAAAAAUUGGAGCGACCCAGUCCGAUAUCUGUUCUUGAGCCAUUAUUCACAGAUGAUGACAUCAGUCCUGCAAGCACCACUUCGCAACCAGUUGAAAAAGAAAUCCAGCCAUGUCAUAUCCAUUUUGAAGAACAAUCUUCUGCUAGCGACCAAGGAAUUUGUACAAGAAUUUCUCUUGAGGAUGAGGAAUCUGCAUUCGAGUAUGUGGAAGCCGUGUUGCUAGGCUCAGGUUUAAUCUGGGAUGAAUUUCUCUUGAGAUGGAUUUCUAUGUAUGAAAUCCUUGACUCGGAGUUAUUUGAUGAAGUGAAGUUAUUCUCUAGCCGACCCCAACAUGAUCAGAAGCUCCUCUUCGAGUGUGCGAAUGAAGCUUUAAAAGAGGUGUGUGCAAAGUACUUUGGAUGCUUUUCUGGGAUAUCACAUUUCAAAAUGAAUAUACAGCCGGCUCCUAGAGGGAUGGAUCUGAUCCUAGAGAUAUGGCGACUUGUUGAAUGGCAUCUGCUUCAGCUUCCACAGCCUCAUUCUCUUGACAAGCUUGUCAAAGCAGACUUGGCAGGAUCUGGAAAAUGGACGGACCUCCAAUUAGACUUCGAGUGUAUUGUUUCAGAGAUGGGGGAGACCAUUUUCACAGAACUGGUAGAGGAAACAGUACUGAACUUUUCCGAUGGAACAUUGGAGUGUGAGUUUGCAGUGCUCCAAACUGAAUCCAACGCCAUUGAGGCAACAAACUUGUAGAGUGAGGAUAAGCAUGGGCUAAAUCGGUUUCCAGCUGAUAUCCUCUUCACAUGAUUGCUGGAAGACGAGGGGCGUCUCCAAACCAGGCAUGAUGAAGGUCUAAAACAUCUACAUUCAGCCUAUCUCAAUAAAGCUCACAGAUGGUUUGGAUCUCUCAGUAUAGUAGAGUCGUGUGUAGUUAUUUCGAGUUAGGAAUCACAAAGAAUGGACACUUUUACCGCACAAAGGCGUCCACAGGUACUUGUAGGAAGUCAUUUAGUUCGUUUGAUUCCAUGCUCUUUUUUAUUGCAGGUUCAGCGGGGUCUAACCUCAUAAUAGAAGAUCAGGGUGUAUGAUCAUAAAAUAAUACAGCAAGGGUUCUGCAUAUUUGGUGUGUGCAGAAAAUCCUCCGCAUGUUUGUAGUAUUUGUUUGUUUCUUGAUUGCACAUAGGUGCUUUGAUUUGUAAAGAAACAUGGUUGUGUUGAGUUCUCAUCUAAUGUUUUCAUCCACACAUCUGAAA